UGCAACUCCCAGAAGCCUUUUCUCCAGUCGCCGAUAUAUCCUGAGAUUCCAUUGGCUCAUUGCACUGUCAUUAGCCAAUAGUGUUUCAGAAUACUGCCCUUACAAACUGCCACUUCCCAACGGUCCAUUAAAGAAACUGUGCAAAAAGCGAUGGGAUCCGGAGAAAGCACGACCAGGAGAGUUUCUUUCGGCCUAGAUGAGGAUGACAGGGUGAGGAUUCUGCGUGGAGUGAAGCUGUCUGAAGACGUCCUACAGCGCAUGAGGAAUGCCAGUGCUGAUCCAAGUCCACCUGUCAACAAUAAAGAAAACCUAGGUCAGCAGGCUCGAACGUCCAGCACAUCUGACCCACAACCUCCAAAAACACAAGCCAGGGCGACUUUUCCUGAUACUAAAGAGGAGCUCAGGAAGAGGUAUGAGCAGCAGCAGGCCAUUAUACAGGAAGAGUUGGCUCGCAUCGCACGCAAAGAGAGAGAGGCAGCGCGGCAGGACAUCACUCGAGCGGUGCAGAGAGAGCGAGUACAGACACGGCAGGAGUCUGAGAAAGUCAAACAGCUGCCUGCCUCUGAACUGGAUGCCUGGGGGAAACAGCUGGAGAAGAAGGAGGCGGAGCUGAAGGCGCUGGAUGCUUUCUACAAAGAACAGAUCACAAAUCUAGAGAAGAAGAAUGAGGAACGCUUCAGGAUGUCUGCUGAACAGUUUCACACUGCUGCAACCAGAAGUGAAGCCAAUAUAAAGCCACGUAAUGUGGAGCCAGUGUGUUCGACCCUGCAAGCUCAGAUCCUGAACUGCUAUAGAGAGAACCGCGAGCAGACACUUCAGUGUUCAGACCUGGCCAAAGAGUACAUGCAGUGCAUCAAUGCAGCUAAGAAGAAUCUGUUGGUGAAUCACGGAUAGAGAGUCAUUCACUUCGGCAGCGGCGCCAUCUUACUCGUCGCUCCAAUUCAUCUGUAUGUUGGGUUUCACGGGCCGCUUCAUCUUAAGCCUCUCCAUCCAAUUACCAUCUGAUCCCAGGGCUCGGAGUCGCACUCCAGUGUACUGAACAAGCUACAUAUUACAGGCCACUAUGAGUAUUCCAUUAUCUGUAACAGCGCAGAGAAUGGGAUCACCGCAAUGCAAGGCUUGAUUUUUAUAAGAGUACACUCAGGAAAUCCUGAUGCUUUUAUUUGUCAGGAUUUUAUUUAUGCAUUGUAUUUCGGCAAAAGCAUAUCUUCAUAAAUGGAUAACUGCCCAAA